AUGUCGACGCUUGCAGAGGCAGAUGCCACCUUUUCGGCGCUCGAGGUCGACCCGGAGAUCCUGACCAUGUCGGCGGAGGAGGUGCAGUCGCGGACGCGGAUGCUCGACCGCGAGGUGCAGAUCAUGGAGACCGACGCCAACCGGUUGCGGUUUGAGCUGGAGCGGAUGAAGGCUCAGCUGGAGGACAACGUGGCCAAGGUGAAGCGCAACAAGGCGCUGCCGUACCUGGUCUCGACGGUUGUGGAGCUGCUCGACGUCGACCCCGAGGAGAUGGAGGAGGAGGAUGGGGCGAACCAGGACCUGGACUCGCAGCGCAAGGGCAAGUGCGCGGUGAUCAAGACAUCGACCCGGCAGACUGUCUUCCUCCCGAUUGCUGGCCUUGUGCCGCCAGCCGAGAUGCGGCCGGGUGACCUUGUCGGCGUCAACAAAGACUCGUACCUCAUUCUGGAGAAGCUGCCUGCCGAGUACGACUCGCGGGUCAAGGCCAUGGAGCUCGACGAGGCGCCGUCGGAGACACUCGCCGACGUUGGCGGCCUCAACACCCAGAUCGACGAGAUGCGCGAGGCCGUGGUCUGGCCGUUCCACGAGGACAAGAAGGCCAAGUUCCUUGCCCUCGGCAUUCAACCGCCCAAGGGAGUGCUCUUCUACGGCCCGCCGGGCACUGGUAAGACCCUGCUCGCCAAGGCGUGCGCCAACAUGGCCAAUGCCGCCUUCCUCAAGCUCGCAGGUCCGCAGCUCGUCCAGAUGUUCAUCGGUGACGGCGCCAAGCUUGUCCGCGACGCCUUUGCCCUUGCCAAGGAAAAGGCGCCCACCAUCAUCUUCAUCGACGAGCUCGACGCCGUCGGUAUGAAGCGCCAGGACUCGGAGCUCUCUGGCGACCGCGAGGUCCAGCGGACAAUGCUCGAGCUCCUUAACCAGAUGGACGGCUUUUCCGCCGCUGAUGACAUCAAAGUCAUUGCCGCCACCAACCGCAUUGACAUUCUUGACCCGGCCCUCCUCCGCUCCGGCCGCUUCGACCGCAAGAUCGAGUUCCCGCACCCGGACGCCCAGGCCCGCGCUUCCAUCCUGCAGAUCCACUCGCGCAAGAUGAACGUUCGCGGCGAUGUCAACUACGACGAGCUCUCCCGCUCCACCGAGGGCUUCAACUCGGCACAGCUCAAGGCCGUCGCCGUCGAGGCCGGCAUGCUUGCCCUCCGCCGCGAGGGCACCGAGAUCGUCCAUGAGGACUUUGUCGAGGCCAUCGCAGUCGUCCAGGCCCGCAAGAAGGCCGAGCUUGAGUACUAUGCAUGA